UUUUUUUUUCCUCUUUCAUUCUCCCUCUCUUUUUUCAAAAUUACAACAUUCAUCUAUCUUAGAUAUAGUUGUACUCGUUAUACAUUUCAAUGACUUGUCUUUGGAUUGUCAUAACAACUUUAUUUUAUAUAUUACAAUGCUUUUCCUAUAUAACUGCUCAAGGUAUUACCCCCGGUACUAUCGCAACUGAUGUUCCUUGGAAAGCUGGUCAAGCUUAUUUCAAGACCCUUAUGUUAUCAUAUAUGGUGGUACCACUGACAUUACUGGAAAUAAUACAAAUGUUCAAGGUACAAAGUCACUUUGGAUUUGGAAUUCACAAAACGGUACUUGGUAUGAUGCUCAAGCUUUAUCAAACAAUGUGGCUUUCAGUUCUCAAGUCUUUUUUCAAGCUAUUAACUUACCUAGUACUGGACAAGUUUUAGCUCUUGCAAGUAAUACUACUGGUGGUGGUUCUUUACUUCAAAAAUUAGAUACUACAGUUUGGAAUUGGAAUAGUCCUAGUUCA